AUGUCAAAGCUUUCGAGCACGUUGACGAACUUGAAGUUCAUGCAAAGGGCAGCUGCAAGAGAGGAGAAAAUCGAGAAAGUUGAACAAGAGGUCAAACUUGACACCUCAACGAUUUCUAGAAGAUGUGUGGUCAUAGUGGAAGGUGAUCCUCAUCCCGGAGCAUUUAAAGGUCGAAUGUCUUUUCAAAGUUUUAAUCCAAAAGUUGAUAAAUUAAAUGAGGAAGAAGUAGGACUUAAUCAGCCUGUAGCCAAAACUAGCAUUUCUAAAAAUAAAAAUGCUAAUGUAUCUGUUAGAGAAAAUAACUCUUCAGGAGAAGGUACAGAACAUGAUAACACGAGUGAAAAGAGUCCCGAGGUUAAUGGCAAUGUUAAAAGGAAGCAGUCUGAAGUAAUUAAUGAACAACAUUAUCCUAACAAAUCACCCAAGAACAAUCAAGGAAACAAACCGUCAUCGUCAAACAAUGGUUUGGGCUCUUUCAAAAAACCAUCUGUAGAUAAGCUAGACUGGAAUGUUCUUAGAUCAUCUGGUGUCAAGCAAAAUAGAUGA